AUGUUAGCACGAGUGCGCCGGGCCGGGGCCGCGGUCCUCUCAAGUUGUGUGUUGGGGCCAGGCGGGGGCUCCGGCGCCGCCGCGUCGCGCCCGAGGCGGGCGCCGCCCCUCCGCCCCCGCGCGACCCACGCCUCGUCUGAGCCCGCGCCGCGCCAAGCCCUAGGGCUCCGCCCUCCGCCCUCCGCCCGCUGUACAUACCACUUCCAGAACCCGGACCGGACCGGACCGUUCUCAUACAACACCGAACGCCACCCGCCCCGACUGGCCCUCGCCUCCGGCCAGAUUCGGUGUAAAUACACACUAAGCGAUACGCGAAAAGUU